AUGGAUCACCUGACUGAACUCUUCCAGGAGAUGUGGCGCCAAGGUGAAGUCCCGCAAGAUUUCAAAGACGCAACCAUCGUGCAUCUCUACAAGCGAAAAGGGAACCGCCAAGUCUGCGACAACCACCGUGGCAUCUCCUUGCUGAACAUCGCAGGGAAGAUCUUCGCUCGCAUCCUCCCCAAUCGUCUGAAUAAUCAUCUGGAACAGGGACUUCUGCCGGAAAGUCAAUGCGGUUUCCGUCGUCAUCGCGGAACCACGAAUAUGAUCUUUGCCGCCCGUCAACUUCAGGAGAAGUGCCGGGAGAUGCGGACCCACCUGUGCCCUACCUUCGUGGUCCUGACGAAAACCUUGGACAUGGUGAAUCGUGAAGGAAUGUGGAAGAUCAUGCAGCAAUUCGGCUGUCCGGAGCGAUUCAUUCAGAUGGUGCGUCAGCUGAACGACGGUAUGAUGGCGCGAGUCACCGACCACGGAGCUGUCACAGAUGUAACGGCGCAUGGACCGCUUCUCCUCCGCCUGCGAGAACUGCGGUCUGGUCAUCAACACGCAGAAGACGGUGGUCAUGCAUCAACCGCCACCCAACACAGCCACUUCUCCCUACGCGCCGAAAAUCAGUGUGAAAGGAGCUUAACUGCAAGUGGUGGAGAACUUCCCGUACCUGGGCAGUACCCUCUCCCUUAA